GCUGCCUGCCUGAUUCACACGUGUGUGGAUAGUCCACCCUCCACUAAGCCUGUAUUCUUGUCUUUGGGGAUAAAACAGUGAACAAGACAGCAACCUAGUCCAGGCUGAAGAAGAUCAAAGACGAAGACCCCCGGUGGGGGCAGCCAGAUCUGCACGGUCAACAGCAGCAAGAGGACCACCAUGGCUGGAUCACAGUCUGUCACUGGAUGCAAUAAAGAGCAAAGCAGACAAGGCACUGGCUCUUGUGGAGUGUACAGUCUGAUGGGAUUGACAGAGGUUCUCCACAUCUUCUGUAGUAUAUAUCCCAGCUGAGGCCCAUGGCAUUUUGAGCACUCUAGGCUGAUUAUCCUCUACCUCUCAUGCCUUUGGUCUUUCUCUCCAUGAUGUGUUUUGUGCCUGAGCAUGAGAACAUGCUUACAUCUCUCCUAACUGAAACAAAGCCUCUCCUGACCUCAUGCUCCAGUGGCUCCUGCUGCCUGCCAGUCCCACGGCUGGGACCUGCCUUUCUGCAGAGAGCAAGCAUCCUGCUCUGGGCCACGUGGCAGCUUAGUGGUAAAGACUAAGUGGGACCUGUGGUUUCCUGGCAAACUUGUGGCUGGUGGGUGCUCAAGGGAAGGGACCUGAAGCUCAGAUCAGCAUUGCCUGGGCUUGUGACAUAUUCCUCUUUCUGAGAGUCCACAAGUUCCUGGUCUGAUCAGGAUUAAUUCCUCCAGGAUGUCAUCAAGAGUACACAAGUUUUCCUUCUUCUCUUGUCUGGGUCUGCAUGGGAAGUAAGGACAGCCACAUAUUCCUGAAUAAAGGAAGACUUUGCAAGUCACAUGGAGACUUCUAGCGGAAUCUUUAUGAGUUUGGUGGCUGAAGGUCAGAUGGGCUGAUAAAGAAGUCACGAUGCCUUGUGGUUUGAGUUCCUUGAUCAUGUACCCCUAAGGGAAGUAAGUUGGCGGUGACCGUAGAUGACGGAUGACGGAACCUGUCAGCCUUGGCAGGUGCGUCUUCAGUUCACCUCACACUUUGGGUUCCUCAGGAGGAAGGGCUGGAGCCCUUGCCCACCGUUAGGACCAUGAUGUUCAGGCUGCUCUUGGCUCUCAACUUAUUCCCUUCGUUUCACAUAGCAGAAAACAAGAUUUUGGUGAAGCAGUCGCCCAUGCUUGUGGUGUAUCACAAUUUGGUCAACCUUAGCUGCAAGUAUACCUACAACCUCUUCUCAAAGGAGUUCCGGGCAUCCCUUUAUAAAGGAGUCGAUAGUGCCGUGGAAGUCUGUGUUGUGAAUGGGAAUUACUCCCAUCAGCUUCAGUUUCACUCAAAUACGGGGUUCAACUGUGAUGGGAAAUUGGACAACGAAUCAGUGACAUUCUACCUCCGGGAUUUGUACGUUAACCAAACAGAUAUUUACUUCUGCAAAAUCGAGGUCUUGUAUCCUCCUCCUUACCUAGACAACGAGAAGAGCAAUGGAACCAUUAUCCAUGUGAAAGAGAAAUAUUUCUGUCCAGAACCUCAAUUUCCUGAGUCUUCUAAGCCCUUCUGGGCACUGGUGGUGGUCGGUGGAGUCCUGGCUUUCUAUAGCUUGCUGGUGACAGUGGCCCUUUGCGCUUGCUGGAUGAAGAGUAAGAGGAGCAGGCUCCUUCAGAGCGACUACAUGAACAUGACCCCGCGGCGGCCCGGGCCCACGCGCAAACACUACUACCAGCCCUACGCCCCAGCCCGCGACUUCGCGGCCUACCGCUCCUGACACGGACGCCUAUCCAGAAGCCGGCCGGCUGGCACUCCCCACCUGCUCAACAUCACUGCUCUGGAUAGGAAAGGACCGCCUCACCGUCAGCCGGCCACCUCGGGCCCCUGUCAGGCCACCAGCGCCAAGUUUUCUUGAGCGACUGGACCAAAUGUCAAGAUCAUUUUGAAACUCUGAAAUGAAGUCGAAGAAAUUUCCUGUGGCAGGCCACGUCUUGUAGUGCCACGACCCAGAUUCCAACUCACCAUGUAUUAUUGACUUCACUGAGAAGUUAGGGCAGAAAACACAAAGUAAGUGGAUUCUGUUAGGCUUGAAAUCUGCUUGCAAGCUGCUGGCUGAGCCCGUUUCCUUUCCCACUCAUCUGCACAUCUCAGUCUAGCAAAGUGUGAUAUCCACUGAUGGUUUAAACGGAGAAGAAAGGCUAGAAAAUCAUUCCUUUUGGUUAAAUGGGUGUUUAGGGUGGGAACAGCUUAGAGUAGGGGUAGGGGGAGGGAGACUUGAGUAUUUUGAAACCAUUAAAACACUGUCUUCUAGUCAUGAAAUGAGCCAUUUAGUUCCUAUUUAAUGUUUUCCUUUUAGUUUAGAAAGACGUAGACAUUGUCUUUGAGCGAUUCUGACCCUAUUUAGUUAUUUUGAGCAAUGGAAUCCCCUCAAAGCAAUACCAGGCAAAUCGACUUGCUUUUCUCACUCCCUGUGAUGGGAAUUCAGUGUUAAUGUUCACAGCAUGAUUUCAAAAGAAUGAAAUAGUUCUCCUACACCAAGGAAGAAUGUGUCAGAAAAUAAGGUCACUUUAUGUCAAAAUUAUUUCAAUACUAGGAUGGAUUAUUUGUUUAGCAGCUCAUCCCAGUCAAACCACGUUAUGGCUUUUCUGUUCCAUACGUUUCAGGUUCGCACAGUUGUUCUCUUGAUUGUGUGUGUGGAGAUCUGAGUGGGCUGCUCAAAGAGCAGCCAGAGGAGAAGUGAGGACACUGUGAAAAGGGACAUUAGCAUUCAUGAGGGUAUGAGGGAUGGGUCCCAAAAAGCGUCUUUUGAAGGAGGGAGAAUAGAAGAGAAUGAUGAAAUUCUCGCCAUGUGCUGAGGAGGUGGCUGGCAUCGGGCGGAAGCUUUCUGGAAGGCAUCAGGAAGAAGGAGCCCUGGUGAGAGCUCCUUUACAGGGACUUGAAAUGCUUUAGGGAUCAGAGCUCCAAAACUCUGGAUUCAGCUGCCCCUGUACCCUAGAGGUCCACUGACAUGGGAAAGUAUUUUAGAGUGAGUUUUUUGAGACAGCAUCAAAGUUCUCAAGAGACUCUGCAAGGCCUGACCCUGGAAUGACCGUGGAUAUUUUUCUGCCUCCAGUUUGGAUCAACUGGAAUAUGCCUGAGGACUUUGAAGAAUGGCUCUGCUGCUGUCUUUACAAUGUUGCUCAGUGCUUUGGUUAAUUCAGGCAUUGGAGGAGCCUAGUUUUGAGAGGCAGAUAGAGUGGGUUCAAGUCCCAUUACUAGUUGAAUGGCCUCAAAGCAAGUCACCACCGAUCUAAGACUAUGGUUCUUCAACUACAAAAUGAAGAAAAUGAUCACAAAGGUCUGUUCCUGUGCUAAAAUCUCCAUGAGGGCAUGGCCCAAGUCUUUGUCUCUGCUUGUCGCUGGCAUUUAGUAUCAUGCCUGUCAUAUAAUGUUAGUAUUAUUAUUAUUGCCAUGUAGAUAAAUUAGGUAAGAAAAUUCAACUGGGCAAUGAUCUAAGAAGGGAGGGAAUAUUGUAACACAAAUGUAAACCCACUACGCAGGGAUGAGGUGCUAUAAUAUAUGAGAACCUCUUAACUUCCACCAUUUUCCUGUUUCUUGGAGUAUUUUAUCUUGUAAUGAAAUAUAGGGCAUUUGCCUUCCCCAUUUUUAUGUACAUAAAGAGGUCUUUUAACUGUUUUUUUUUUUUUUUUUUAAUGUGGGGAGGAGGUGAGGGAUAGGAAUCUUAUGAUUCCAGACAACAAAUAUUGUACUCUGGUUGAUUUUUAAAUAGGCUCCCAUUCCAUGAUUUUAAUCAAUCCAAAGAAGGUCAAACUCAGCAGUACUUGGGUAAUGAAGGACUGUUGAAUUUACACUGGCAUUUGUGCCACUUGCUGGCUUCUUGGUACACAAAGUUCUUCAAUCAGGUUAUCAGAUUGUAUUUGAAAAUGACAGAGCUGGAGAAGUUUGAGAGAGGGCAGUAGCAAAUACAUUUUUUAAAAAUGGAAAGAUUUAAUCUAAUGUAAUAAAUGGUUCUAUUUUCUAACUGGAAAAGUAGGUUUACUAAAGAUGAAUCAUACUUGAGAUUUUUCUUACUCACUCUGAACAGAACCAAAGUAGAAAUGUUAUGUAGGGAAGGAUGUUUUCACUAUUAGUAUGAACCAAGAAAUGGCUUAAAAACAGUGGUUGGAGCAAAGCUUUUAUGGUUUCAGAUAUAGUAAUUAUGAAGAAAACAAUGUCAUUUGCUGCUAUUAUUGUAAAAGUCUUAUAAACUAAUGGUAUUCCUGUAAUUUUUGAUUGUGAGCCUACUAUUUGGGGCUAAGCAUGCCAAUUUAAAGAGACCAAGUGUACAUUAUGUUCUAUGUAUUGUCAUAAAAUUACUAAACCACCAUAUGCCUGCUUUAAAUUUGUAUUUUAAUAUUAUCUUUCAGUAUUAGGAAAGAUACACUUUAAGAGUAGACAUGCUUCACUUUGGCAGUUAUUCUGGAGAAAACUUGCUAUUUAAGAGAGGUGUGGGAUAAAUCAUUUUAUAAACCUCUAGUUUAGUCUUUUUUUUUUUAAAGCUAGACUUUCAAAUACUAAUUUCAUCCAAACAAGGUACAUUUCUGGUUUUUUUUGCUUAGCUUUAGUCACAAUUUCUCAUUAGAUAAAUGGUUUACCUCUCUGAGAUAUCAGGCUGGGCUUACCUGUGCAAUUCUGUGUGAUGUGGACACCUGGAAGUUUCAGCCUUGACUCCAUCAAUCCCUGAGGAUAACUAACUGAGCCACCAGUCCUCGUGGCUAUUUUAAUGGGGGUGUUUGCAGCCAAAUGGAUGUCUCACCCUUCAUCGCAGCAUUUUACACUGCCAGAUGGGAACUAUACCAGGGUCCUGGGAACUGAUCCCAAAGUGUUAAAUCCAACUACAUGCUGGAGAUUGAAGAUGGUGCCAGUGAUGGACCCAGAACCAGGAUCAUGACUGCCGCAGACCUCUUAUUAACCCAGGUCGAAUGUAGCGGCGUGGACUCUCUCAAGACCUGGGGUGAGUGCGUCUGUGUUAUCUGCAAGCCCACUGGAGGCUCAGGUCAUGCAUCAAACGUCACAGGCAUGUUCCCAUUUCAAGGCCUUUACAUAUACUGUUCCCUCUGUCUACCUGGAUUGAGCCCUUGCCUCCUUCGAGUCCCUGCUCAGGUGUCACCUUUCCGCUAGAUAAAUACCCUCACAUGCUGUCCGCUUUCCUUGCUUAUUUUUCUCCAUCCCACUUUACCAUCUCUUACACUAGACAUUUUACUUGUUUAUUGUUUGUUUCCCCAAACUAGAAUGUAAGCUCCAUGAGGCAAAGAACUUUGUCUCUUUUGUUUAUUGCUGUAUCCCCAGUGCCUAGAACAGCGCCUGGUAUACAAUAAAUAUUUAUUGACUGGGUGGAUGAAUUUCACCUGGCCUUAUGAAUGAAUGGUCAGUCUGAAUGUGUUAAAAUCACACUUUGAGAAGAGGGUCAGUUUUAUUUUCUACUUUCCUGUUAAUAAGUUCAAAAAUUCACUUUAUUAGAAAACCAGGAGCUAAAGCAUGUAUUCACAGCCAAAUCAGGUGAAAGAAAAUCUAAUGGAUAUAAUAAGUUCAUUUACAUUUUAGGAAUUUUUGUGUAGUGAGGAAAACCAAUACUAUUAGAAAGAAUCAUGCUAAAAAGUCGUGUUAAGUAAGCCACAGUCAGGAGUAAGUUGAUUUUCCACUGAGGUCCUCAAAUUCCCUCUUGAGGGAGUAUUAACUAGGUUUUAAACAUAUCAUUAGCCUAAGACUUCUGCAAAUUUUGCAUUUGUAGUUAAAAUCUUUUCCUACUGCCAACCUGCCACUCUUCUAUGGGGUGAUUUUACCCCAGUAAAUUCUAUAAAUGCCUUACCUGGCUCUGAUUCAAAAAGAGCUCAAAAACUGGGAAUGCUGGGGACAGAAAAUUUCAGCUUCUUCACCUGUCAUGCACAUGUCACAGCUGAGCGCUCAAAUAGCUUGCAAUAGUUUGAAAAUAAAAUAACAACAACAAACAAGACUUGUGGUGUUUGGAGCAAAUUGAAAAUUUGAAUCGUAUUUAUAUUAAACACACACACACACACGCCCACACACACACACACACACACACACGCCCACACACACAGAGCUAUCAUCUUGUGGGUAGGGGAAGGCCCUUGAACAACAGACAUUAGAGUUGGUCUGAUAAUUCAUGUAGCUGCUUCUGUUUCCUUCAUUGUUUAUUUUACUUUAAGGGUAACCUGGAGUCAAAUAUAUGUGAUCUCCAAACCAACUCUUUUCUUUGUUGAAAUGGAACUUGUUAAACUUAAUAAAAGCAACUAAAACUUGAAAAAUACGAGCUUACAUGUCUCUUACUACUCCACAAAAGACUGAACUCAGCUAGUUGCUCAUGGUCCAAUAGGAGAAAUAAAAAUCAAUUGGAAAGAAAUAAGAUUGGUAAAAAGAAUAAAAUUAAAUUAAAAAAAAUCAGCCAUUAAUCUGCCCAAUAAGCCUCCUUUAUUGUGCUAAUAAAAAUAGCAACCCUAGUUCUGCAAAAAUGGUCUAGUACCUUGAAACUCAAGUUCAAAAGAAAUUCAAGUGCAAACUUCAAGACUUCACUCAGCAGACCUUCCACCACAUUCUAGCUAUACAACUGCAUGAACGCUGCAAUCGCCCACAACUCUGAAUUCACUUUUUCCCUUCCACUCUGAUAAAACAGAUUGAUUCCUUUUUAAGGAAUCAGCACCCUUCUCCUUUCUCAUUU